GCAGCGGCGGAUCAGCAGCAAGUGCGGUGCGGUGCGGUGCGGUGCGGUGCGGUGCGGUGCGGUCGACCUGAGCGCAUCCGAGCGGAGCGGCGAGGAGAGGAGAGGAUCGGAGCGGGCUGUGUGCGGGAAGACAUCGCCCAAAUGAAGGCACCGUCGCGGAUUACUGCCACACACUCCCCCGCUUGAUCACUGCUGCACGACAGAUAUCACACCCCAUCCUCCCUUCCUCCCGCCGGGAGAGCGCGGUCGCUGUGGGUCUCUCAGUCGCGGGGCUUGUCUGUUUUUCCUCCGGGAGGCUGAAUGGAAGCAGCAGCCGAGGGAGCGGUCGGGCUGUCGGAGGCCAGGGACGGGAGCCCGUUAUCAGCAUCCGACGAUGGGGACACGGUGGUCGGGGUGAGCUACGGGAUGGACGCCGCGGACAUGGAUGCUGCUGCAAGGAAAGCAUUCAUCACAGAGAUGCCCUCAUCCUCAGGGCAGCCUGGUCAGGGGAAGAAGAUUGGACACAGAGGCGUGGAUGCAUCAGGAGAAACUACUUACAAAAAGACCACAUCCUCAGCCUUGAAAGGAGCCAUCCAGCUGGGCAUCGGCUACACGGUGGGCAACCUGAGCUCCAAGCCUGAGAGGGAUGUGUUGAUGCAGGACUUCUACGUGGUGGAGAGCAUCUUUUUCCCCAGUGAAGGCAGCAACCUCACGCCAGCCCACCAUUUCCCAGACUUCCGCUUCAAAACAUACGCUCCCGUGGCCUUCCGAUACUUCAGAGAACUGUUUGGCAUCAGACCAGAUGACUACCUGUACUCGCUGUGUAAUGAGCCCCUCAUCGAGCUGUCCAAUCCUGGAGCGAGUGGUUCCGUCUUCUAUCUCACAAAGGACGACGAGUUCAUCAUCAAGACUGUGAUGCACAAGGAGGCGGAGUUCUUACAGAAACUGCUGCCUGGAUACUACAUGAACUUGAAUCAAAACCCUCGCACUUUGCUGCCCAAGUUUUUUGGUCUCUACUGCGUCCAGUCGGGCGGGAAAAACAUCCGCGUGGUGGUGAUGAACAACGUCCUCCCCCGCGUAGUUCGCAUGCACCUCAAAUACGACCUGAAGGGCUCAACCUACAAGCGGCGAGCGUCAAAGAAGGAGAGGGAGAAAGCAAGGCCCACUUUCAAAGACCUGGACUUCAUGCAAGACUCGCAGGAUGGACUGAUGCUGGACCAGGACACAUACAGCGCGCUAGUCAAGACCCUGCAGAGAGACUGCUUGGUUCUGGAAAGCUUCAAGAUCAUGGACUACAGCCUGCUGCUCGGGGUUCACAACAUGGACCAGGCAGAGAGGGAGAGGCAGAUGGAGGGCUCCCAGGGCGACAGUGACGAGAAGAGGCCCGUGGCCCAGCAGAAGGCCCUGUACUCCACAGCCAUGGAGUCCAUCCAGGGAGGAGCCGCCUGCGGAGGCUCCAUCGACACUGACGACACGAUGGGCGGUAUCCCAGCUGUCAAUGGAAAGGGAGAGAGAAUUCUUCUCUACAUCGGAAUCAUCGACAUCCUUCAGUCCUACAGGCUAAUCAAGAAACUGGAGCACACGUGGAAAGCUUUGGUUCAUGACGGGGACACCGUGUCAGUCCACCGGCCCGGCUUCUACGCCGACAGGUUCUUCAAGUUCAUGAGCAGCACGGUUUUCAAGAAGAGCUCCUCUCUGAAGUCAUCUCCAUCUAAGAGGGGUCGUGUGUCGUUGGUGGUGCCGAAGUGCGGCGGUCCUGGCGCAGCCUGGUCAGCCAGCCAGCUGCCCUCUGAGAGGGAUGAGAACAUCUAUGACCUGAGAGGAGCUCGCAGCUUCCCGACGCUGGAGGAUGAUGGGCGACCAGAUCUUCUUCCAUGUACUCCUCCAUCAUUUGAAGAAGCCACCACAGCGUCUAUCGCCACCACUCUGUCCUCUACCACCUCUCUGUCCAUCCCUGAGAGAUCCCCAUCUGACACGGCAGAGCACCCCCGCUACAGGCGGCACACCCAGUCUCUCAGCCAUGAUGGGAGGACCCAGGAGGAGCUGCGUGUGCGUGAGGAGGAUCAGCAGACCAUCAUAGUGGAGGUGGAGUUGAAGAGACGUGACAGUGAGCCCACCAUCUCUGUUCCACAGCUUUCACCUGAAACCAGCGCUCAGGAAAUAGUCGGCGCCGAGGCUCCUGAUGCAGCUGCCGCAGCACCUUCCGCCUGUUUGUCAGCAUCUGAGGCAGCCUCCAGCUCAUCUUCCCCUGCUGCUCCCUCCUCCCCCGGGGCAGUCGACGAAGCCGCAUCCAGCCCCAAGUUGGUGGUGGUGGAGGCGGACCGGGCCAGCCAGGUGUCCGGCUCAGGCUGCACCAGCCAGGCUUCAGUCGACGAUGAAGAUGAUGUGCCAAUCACAGAUAUCUACUUUCCUCCAGAGGACAGGACCUGGGUGUACUCUCCGCUACACUAUGGCUCAGAGUCUAAGGCCCUGCCAGAUGGGGAUUGGGAAAGAGAGACAUAAACCCUGUUCUCUGGCAGAGAGGAGCGAACGUCUCGGUGGAGAGGAUUCAUUGGUCCUAAGUCCAGACCUCAGCGGUAGCAGCAGGAUCUCUGUCCGUCUCCAGGAUUUUCAACAUGCAUACAGAAAAUGAACACACAAAGGGAAACAGUGACUGAAAACCAGAGGGUGGGGGGAAAAUCCUGACAGUGAUGACACCCCUGCCUUUCACCCGUGACAAAUGAAAAUUAUAUCAAUUUAAUGAAUAUGUGUGUAUGUGUGACAUACUGUAGUGCGUAUAAGGCUGUAGUCUUAUAUGUUUGACGUACAUGAAAGACACAGGCCUCCGACAGGCUGUAGACAGGCUUCACCACUCACUCUGCACAGCAGCACACAGAGCUGUGAAGUGACCGUAAGUUCAUGUGAUGGCCUUUACUUUGUUUCUAUGAAAUCACGUUUUUUAAAUUUCCAUCCCAGUUUUAGAUAGAUAAAACUAAAAAAACAUGAUGAUUCUAUAUGAGCCUCUGCUGCCUCACGAAAAAGAAGACCACUCACAGUUGCUGAAUUCAUCCGAAAUAGAUCCAGAAUCUGAAAAGGACUGACUUCAACAUUUUCAGUGCAAGUAACAUAACUUUUAGCUCAGUGAUUUGAUUUGUCUUUUCCAAAAUGCGUAUACUUAAUUAAAAGUAACAUCUUUUCUGUAGACUAGCUUGUGGCUUUUGACGUUCCAUCUAAGAACCUUAUAUUUUCUAACACAGUUGUACAUAUUUAGUUCUGAUGAUUCGACCAGGACAGUGUCUUGUCCAUCUCAACUGUAGAAGUGCUUCUCUGUUCAUUGAGGAGUGAGUGGUCAAGCCUGCGGUGUUGGAGGACUGCGCUUGUGAUCGUAGACCUGGAGUUACAAUGAUAACCACCGUUAGAUUGAUCAAAAGAGAACGUCGAGUUCAUCGUGUGUCAUCCUCACAUUUCCAGUAGUGAAAAUAUGCAGUGUAGUUUAUAGAGGAAAGAUUUGAAAUCAUCAUCAUUUCCUUUAGUGCAUAUACAGUACACAGUGAUUAGAGGUUGUUGAAUUCAUAAGGAUUUAUGAAUCAUAUCAAAUGUUUUUGCAACAUUUUUGUUUAUUUCUGAACGCUUCUUCAGCUGUUUUUACUUCUGUUAACUUUAAUUUAUUUUGUCUGUUUGUAUUUUAUUCUAAUCUACACUGUUACUGGUUCUUUUAACUUUAUAAUUCAGAUUUUUUUUGUUUGCAUCCAAAGAAGUUCAGUUUUUAUUAUUUAAUCACUGCAGCUUUUAAUUAGUUUCCCAGUUGGUUUUUACGUCACGUACGUCGCGUUAGUGCUUACUUCAGUGUUCAUACUUUUUUCACUCCAGCUCUGGUGGAAACAGCUGAGGCUUAUGACUAUAGCCUUCGAAGUUGAAGGAAUUAACUACAACAUUAAGGCAGCAGACAGUGUCUGUCAUUACAGUAAUGUUCACUUCAUUACGGUGUCUUCCAGUGUUGCCCUGUUUUUGGACAAGACGCACGCAGAUCUAUGUCUUUAUUUAAACUCUAAAAUCAGUGAGGGCCAAGCCAACAAUUGUAACAGUAGAAUUUGACUUUCUGUCUCUUUUUUAGGUGGAAGAAUUAUCAGUAUACGAGUGACAUUUGCUGUGUCUGGUGGCCCUCACCUCCUCACAAUAACAGAUCCAUUGACUGGACAUUUCAAAUGUUUGUAGAUGUAGAGCAACAGUUGUCGUAUUUGCUGUCAAUGUCGUAGCUGUUAUCUGUAUAUUUGAAUGAACUCGGUGUGUUGCAGUGAUGAAUUGUUGAGACACGGCAGUUUGUAAAUGGGUUGAAUGUUGUUUGCACUUGUCGAGAGGACCUGAAGAUGAACUAGUGAUAGAGGCCAAAUAAACAUAACAUCACGUUAUCACACUUUUUCGGUUGUUUGAUGGGAGUUUCGGCUCACACAGCCUGAUAUUUAUACAGCACUAAUUUAAGAUUAUCAAGUGUGUGUGAUGGUGAAGUCAAUCGCAGUCAUUGUAGAGUAAGUGUUUACUGUCGUCUCUCUGUGGCUGACAUAUUCGGACUCUCAAUUACGACUUCAGUUAGAGUUCAACGAACGGAUUUGUCCAAUCUAACUUCAGAAAGUGUGUUUUCAGUUGCUUGGUAUGUUUCUAUGUGUUUGUGUAUAAAUACAAUGUCAGACAUUGUAAAAAAAAAGAAAAAAGAAAUCAGUUCAUCCUCAUGAUGUGCAGUGGCCAGUUGUAAUCAGUUUGCUGUUCAUCAGACGGAGACCAUAGCAGCAAUAUUUUGUACAGUCUUGCUUUUGAGUUAAUUUUAUUUGCCUUAUUAAGAGAUUUUACAUGUAGGCCUAUUGUUUGUAUUUUUUUUUCACGUGCUGUUGUAUUUAUUUGCUUUCUCAUAGUUGUGCUCCUGAGAAUAUGUACAUACAAAUUAUAAAUACAUAUAUAAAGAUAUACAAAUAUAUUUUCCAUUUGAAUCGGAGAAUAUUAUUUUUAUUUGGUUUUAUUUUUGCUGCUGGGCAAGAAAUGAUUGCAAUCUACAUAAUUUACUGUAUCAUAUUCUUCAGUGUGUUUAUUGAGAGGCAGCUGCUGUAUAUUUAUGGUCUAAACCACGGCUGUUUCUUUGUAAGAUAUCCAAAACAGAAAGAUUUGUGGGUUUUACUGUACAUGCAAAUCAAUAGGGAUUCUUCCUACUGUUCCGCUGUGUUGUGUAUGUGUUUUCAAUUCGCGGUGUGCCCUCAUCCAAUUGGGAGAGUCCUAUACAGAGACAUAGCAUGAUUUCAAAACGAAUAUGCAUAUCAGAGAUGUGUAUUUAUGUAUAUCUGUGUAUAUUCAUCUAUUUAUACGUAAGGAUAAAUAGAUGGCUGUAUGUGUGUGUGUGUGUGUUUGGACUCAAUCAGACUGAAUACAAAAUAAAGAAGUUCUAUGAA